AUGGAAAAGAUCCAGUCUAACGGAGGGGAGCAUGUUAAUGCUGCUUAUGAUCCGACUCUGGAUGAGCCUCCAGUCUACGAGGUCAAUGAAGAUAGCAGGACCAUCCGGCCCUCGGUGGUCAGCGCCUUCGGUCACGACACUUUGGACCGCGUGCCCAACAUCGACUUCUAUCGUAAUGCAGGCAGUGUGAGUGGCCAUCGGGCUGUGCGGCCAUCACUGCAGGAGCUGCAUGAUGUCUUUCAAAAGAAUGGAGCCAUCUCUGUGCCAGACACUGUGGAGGACGAUGGCGAGGGAAGCGAUGGCACCCCCUCUGAUGAUGUGGAGUUGGCUGUUCCCCUUGAUAGCAAAGGUGGAGCAGUCAAGUUUGGCUGGAUAAGGGGAGUCUUGGUGAGAUGUAUGCUGAACAUUUGGGGUGUCAUGCUGUUCAUCCGCCUGUCCUGGGUGUUUGGACAGGCUGGCUGGGGUUUGGGAACUGUGGUUAUUGCUCUCAGCUGUGUGGUGACAACCAUUACUUGCCUUUCCAUGUCGGCCAUUUGCACUAAUGGUGUGGUCAGGGGAGGAGGGGCCUACUAUCUAAUAUCUCGCAGCCUGGGACCAGAGUUUGGUGGUUCCAUUGGUCUAAUUUUUGCAUUUGCAAAUGCAGUGGCAGUAGCCAUGUAUGUGGUGGGAUUUGCUGAGACAGUGGUGGAUUUGCUCAAGGAGAACAAUGUGCUCAUGGUGGAUCCAUUAAAUGACAUUAGAAUUGUUGGCUGCAUCACAGUAGUGCUGCUUCUGGGCAUAUCUGUUGCUGGAAUGGAAUGGGAGGCUAAGGCCCAGAUAGUGCUUCUCGUCAUCCUGUUGGCAGCUAUUGUGAAUGUAUUUGUGGGCACCUUCAUUCCACCAACGGCAGAGAAGAAAUCCAAGGGAAUAUUUAAUUACGACUUAAACAUCUUUAUGGAGAAUUUUCCGCCAGAUUUCAGAAAGGGAGAGUCGUUCUUCUCAGUGUUUUCUAUAUUUUUCCCUGCUGCUACUGGGAUCCUGGCAGGAGCCAACAUUUCCGGUGACUUGAAGGACCCUCAGGCAGCCAUUCCUAAGGGCACCUUAUUGGCUAUUGUGAUCACUGCUAUCACCUACCUGGGUGUGGCCUUUUGUGUCUCUGCCAGCGUGGUACGUGACGCUACUGGAAACCUAACUGACCUGAUCACGUCCGAAGCACCAUGUGUAGGCUCCGCAUUGGCAGCCUGUGAACUCGGCUAUAACUUUUCUUCCUGUGCGGUAGAAACAUGCAAAUUUGGCGUGAUGAACAACUUUCAGGUGAUGACUAUGGUGUCAGGCUUUGGUCCUCUCAUCAUAGCCGGGACUUUUUCAGCUACGCUUUCAUCUGCUCUGGCUUCUCUUGUCAGCGCUCCCAAAGUCUUUCAGGCUCUGUGUAAGGACAACAUCUACACGGCCCUCCACUUCUUUGCCAAAGGGUACGGCAAGAAUGACGAGCCCAUCCGUGGCUACAUCCUCACCUUCAUCAUCUCUGUGGCCUUCAUUCUCGUUGGGGAUCUCAACGCCAUCGCUCCCAUCAUUUCAAAUUUCUUCCUGGCAUCCUAUGCACUCAUCAAUUUCUCCUGCUUCCAUGCAUCCUACGCAAAGUCUCCAGGUUGGCGACCAGCAUACAAAUAUUACAACAUGUGGUUGUCCCUGCUUGGGGCUUUGCUGUGCUGCGCUGUGAUGUUUGUCAUCAACUGGUGGGCUGCUCUCAUCACUUACGCUCUCGAAAUACUGCUCUACCUUUACGUCACUGUCAAGAAGCCAGACGUGAACUGGGGUUCAUCCACUCAGGCGGUGACAUUCGUCAGUGCGGUCAGCAAUGCUCUGUCUCUGUCGGGAACAGACGAUCAUGUCAAGAACUUCAGACCUCAGAUCCUGACACUGACAGGGGCUGCUCGGUCCAGACCAGCUUUGCUAGACCUGGCUCACUGCUUCUCUAAGAACUAUGGACUUUGCCUCACCUGUGAAGUGAUCGUGGGGCCAAGAUCUGAGGCCCUACCGGAAAUGAACGCUGGUAUGGAGAAGAACCAGCAGUGGUUGAGGAAGACGAAACGUAAAGCAUUCUACACCGCCGUGGUCUGUGAGAGCUACAGGGAAGGUGUUGAGACCCUGCUGCAGGCCUCUGGUCUUGGCCGCAUGAAACCCAAUACACUAAUGGUGGGAUUCAAAACAAACUGGAAGAUUUCAGGAGCGGAAGCAGUCCAGAGUUACGUGGGAGUGCUGCAUGAUGCCUUUGACUUUGAAUAUGGAACAUUGAUUUUAAGGAUGAACCAGGGACUUGAUGUUUCGCAUAUUGUCGAGGCAGAAGAGGAAACGCUCAAAUCCGCAAAGGAGCAGCAGGCACUGGAGAAUGAGUUCAUGCCAAAUGGAGGCAAAGCAAAAGGAUUGUUCAGGAAGUCCAGAAAAUCCUCACAGCAAGUACUCACUACCCGAGUGUCGGUGUGCGGCCCCCCACCACCCCAGGUCGCCAAGAUGAAUGAGAAACUGGUGCAGGCCAGUGCUCAGUUCAAGACCAAGCAGCCUAAAGGAACCAUUGAUGUGUGGUGGCUCUUUGAUGAUGGAGGUCUCACUCUGCUGCUGCCAUACAUCCUUACCACCAGGAAGAAGUGGAAAGAUUGUAAAUUGAGGAUCUUCAUUGCAGGGCAGCCUGGACGCAGCGAUCUGGAUAAAGAAGAGAUGAAGUUGCUGCUGCAGAAGUUCCGAAUUAAAUGCACCGACAUCAUAGUCAUCAAUGACAUCCAUCUUAAACCUCGUAACGACAGCUUGAAGAAGUUAGAGGACAUGAUUGAACCUUUCCGUUUGCAUGAGAGGACCAAAGAAAGUGCUCAGGUAGAAGCCAUGAGGAAGGAACACUCCUGGAAGAUUACUGAUGAAGAGCUGGACGCGUUUGAGGAGAAGACAAAUCUCCAGGUACGACUGAAUGAGUUGCUUUGGGAAAACUCCAAAACAGCCAACCUAAUUGUGGUGAGCAUGCCGAUUGCACGGAAAGAAACCAUAUCUGACUUCCUCUACAUGGCUUGGUUGGACAUUUUGACAAAGGACCUCCCGCCUAUUCUGCUCAUCAGAGGCAACCAUAAGAGCGUCCUUACUUUCUACUCAUAAGAGCACUGCAGACUCAUCUGUUCAACAUCUGGUUACAAAGGAAAGUUGAUGAUCUACUUUGGGACUCAUUAUUCCAUCUUAAACACCAUAAUGUAGUAAUUUCAAUUAUCCCCCCUCAAAAAAAUAUAUUUAUAAUAGUGAUGCUGACACAUACAAAGUAUGCUGACAAACUUCUACUAAUUCACCAUUACAUCUUUGUUGUGCUGCUGUACCAUUAACUGUGGCGGCAGAUUUGGUGGAGAAAGUGCUGAUGUUGCAGUUAUGAACAAACACACAUUGUGUGGUUCCUAUCUGCAAGGAGCAAGACACAUCUAAGUCAGAACAAAUACAUGUUUCUUUGUGAGAUACAGUCAAUAACUUAUGGAUUGUUUUAAAUGCAUAAGAAGCACAAGUCAAGCAUCUUUCAACCACCGUCAGACUGGUUUGAUCUGGAUGACCAACAAUUUCAAUAGUUACAGUGUGUCCUGCUGUGGAAUACAUGUUUAUAGUUUGAGUCUGAACUCAUCUGUAUUUUUGCAAUAGCAAUAAAAAAGUGUGUUAAGUGAUUUAAGAGCAUGAUACUUAGUCGUUGAAACUUGUUUUUGUUUUAUUGCUCCUUGAAAUCCACAAACUGUAAAAUACUACUGUGCUGUUUUCCUGUGCCAUAGUUACAGUUUAGAUGUAUUUAAAGUUUUUCUCAAAUAAAAAAAAUGUGUCAGAUGAAAAUUAUGUAUAA